AUGGGUAUCUUAAAGGGGUAUGUCGGGCUAAGCGGCGCCAUAAUUACGCAGCUCUUCCACGCAUUCUACGGCUCCGACACCAAAUCCUUAAUACUCCUAAUCGGAUGGCUUCCGGCGGCCAUAUCCUUCGCAUUUUUACGAACAAUUCGGAUCAUGAAAGUAAUCCGACAGCCAAACGAGCUCAAAGUCUUCUACAAUUUCCUCUACAUUUCCCUCGCCCUCGCCGGAUUCCUAAUGCUAAUGAUCAUCAUAGAAAGCAAAUUAAUAUUCACCCAAGCCGAAUUCGGUGGCAGCGCCGCCGUCGUCCUCCUCCUCCUCUUCCUCCCUCUCGCCGUCGUCAUCGUCGAAGAAUACAACCUCUCAAAACUCAAAUCCGCCGCCAUUAAUCCCCCAAACCCACUUCAAAUCCUUACAGAGAAACCCAAUCCCCCAAAAACAGAGCCCAGGAAACAACCCUCUUGCUGGACAACAAUCUUCAACCCGCCGGAGCGCGGCGAGGAUUUCACGAUUCUCCAAGCUCUGUUCAGCUUGGACAUGGCGAUUCUGUUCUUCUCUGCAAUUUGCGGCGUCGGCGGAACUUUGACGGCGAUUGACAAUCUGGGUCAGAUUGGAAUGUCCUUAGGAUACCCAAAAAGAAGCAUUAGCACAUUCGUGACACUCGUUAGUAUAUGGAAUUACCUCGGACGUGUCGCCUCUGGUUUUGUCUCUGAAAUUGUUCUAACAAAAUACAAAUUCCCACGUCCUUUAAUGCUUUCUUUAACGCUUCUUUUGUCAUGUGUCGGUCAUUUGAUCAUCGCCUUCGCCGUUCCAAAUGGGCUUUAUGUAGCUUCAAUCGUGAUCGGAUUCUGUUUCGGAGCUCAGUGGCCGUUGCUUUUCGCCAUAAUUUCCGAGCUAUUUGGGUUGAAAUAUUACUCUACGCUUUACAAUUUCGGGUCGGUGGCUAGUCCGAUUGGAUUAUACGUUUUGAAUGUGAAAGUGGCCGGGAAUUUGUACGACAAAGAGGCGGCGAAGCAGCUGGCGGCGAAAGGGCUUGUGAGAAAAACAGGGGAGGAGCUGAAAUGCUACGGCGGAGAGUGUUUUAAGCGGUCGUUUCUUGUAAUCACCGGAGUUACUUUGUUGGGUAUGUUUGUUUCGUUGAUUUUAGUGAUUAGGACGAGGGGUUUUUACAAGAGUGAUAUUUAUAAGAAGUUUCGAGAUGAAGCUGAAGCAGAGGUGGUCGGAAAUGGCGCUGUGGCGGCCGCCGGAGCACCGGAGGAGACGAGAAGCCGAUAGGGGUGUGUUUGGCGGGAAAGAAAAUGAGGUGAAAUCCGCCGGAGCGGCGGCGGAGACGAGGAACCGACAGGGAUGGGUUUGAUUUGAGAGUGAAGAUUUUUGUUGUCCUUUGUCGAAACAUUAAAAUUUCCGAACUUUGUGAGAAAAUAAUUUACAUGUUUCAUCGCUAAGUUUCUAAUAGAAGAUAUUAUUGUAAUUUUCAUA